AUGGCCCCAUCUACUGCAAGUCAGUCGAGUUUGAGCUCCGGCCCACUUGCAGACCCCGGUAUACCUGCCCACCAGCAACAGCGCCGGCCGCAGCAGCAGCAGCAGCAGCAGCAACAGCAACAGCAGCAAACGCAGGCGCAGCAGCGGCCCGGGUACAAGUCGAGGAGGCCGAGAGCUGCGAGAGCUUGUGAGCUCUGCCGCGCAAAGAAGAACAAGUGCGAUGAGCAGUACCCUUGCUCCGGCCAGGACAUGGGCUGGAAGAGGCACACAUUAGAUCCAACUAGCUACGUCCGCCGCCUCGAAGACCAAAGUCCUCCCCCGCUCCGCCCACGAUGUCGCCCGCCUACUCAUGCUCCCGGGCCCGCCCUCCGCCCGCAAGGCCCCGGGAACGAGGUCUCCGGCGUCAACAUCCACACCCGCAACGUCGAAUUCUACGGCUCCUCUUCCUCCAUCGCCCUGCUUUUCGAGGUCCAGCGCUCCGAGGCCGCCGCCCUCCGCACCGUCUCCUCGGCCGCCUCUUCCGAGCAGGAUUCGUGCGCCGACGGCGCCGCCAUCGUCUCUAGCCUGCACAACCCGGCUUUUUCCCCGCCCGCGACGACAGCGGGCCACGGCCAGUCUCCGGCCUCGGAGCAUUGCGGCGGGGUUGAAAUCGGCGGGCGAGGUGGGGCCUUGGGCAUGUCGGCCCGGUAUCGCGUGUUCCUCGACGGCUUCUUCUCCACGAUUCAUCACAUCCACCCCAUCAUCGACAAGCCGUGGUUCAUGGAGCGGUGCGAGGCCCUGUGGGCGGGUGAUCAGGCCAACGAGGCGGCGAGCAAGGGGAGUUUCGUGGCGCUGUAUUAUAGCGUCUUGUCGGUCGGCUCGCUGGUCGGCGCGCGGGAGGAGGAGCCCAUGGAUGGGCUGUCGAAUCUCGAGUGGAUGCUAUUUUUCUUGGCCAAAGUUUGCCAGAACGAGAUCAACCCUCACUUGUCCUAUCUCUACACCGGCCUCGCUGUAAGAGCAAGCCUAGCCAUGGGCAUCAACCGGGAACCCGGCCCCAAUACCCAAAAGACGCCGUCCAGCUCCGCUCCGAAUCAAGGACGUGGUGGGGCCUAUAUUCCCUCGAAACGAAAUGGCCUUCGCCAUGGGCCGCCCCGACACCCUCGGCGCCGACCUCUACCACACCCGCGCCUUCCCCGCGUCCAACCCUCGACGCCUACGCCUCCGCCUCCUCCCUCGUCCCCGCCGCCCUCCCCGCCGACCUCGACCCCCAACUGCGCCAUCAUCCAGCCCAUGGUCGACUUCUCCCGCAUCACCCGCUCCAUCUGCCACAACAUCUACCUCGCCGACACCCCGCUCACCAAGUCCAUCGUGCUGGCCCAGCAGACCGAGACAGACCUUGAGGCCUGGGUCGACGCCCUCCCCGAGGCUAUCCGCCCCGCGAGGACGCUGGCCGAGGCUAACUCGCUCAAGAGGGCGAGGGAUACGCAGUGGAUGAAGCGCCAGAGGCUGGUCCUCACUAUACGCUACUUUAAUCUGAGAAUAUUAAUGUUUGGCGCAUUCCUCCUCAUGUCCUCACUCUCAGAACGCGCCUCCAUCCCCCGAUGUUCCGAAUUCAUCCACAAAUGUCUCGAGGCCGCCCAGCGUACCAUAGAAACCAUUUACCAAACCUACCAACACCACGACUUCUUCCGCACCUGGUUCUACAACACCACCUACACAGUCUUCGCAGCCUCCAUCCUCCUCGUCCACGCCACCCAGGAACCCUCCUCCCCCAGCACGCCCCCGACCCUCGACUUCGUCUCCAUGGCCAUCGAGAUCCUCGAGACGAUGGACGAGUGCGUCGUCGCCGUAAACGCCGCCCGUAUGCUCCAGCGCGUCCUCCAGCGUGCCAAGGCGCGCUGCGCAGACGGUUCUUCUGUGGCGAUGGCGCACCUCGCCUCGGCUGGCAAUCAUCACCAACACCAACAUCAGCAGCAGCACCAACAACAGCAACAGCAGCAGCAAGAACAUGCGCAGCAACAUCAUCACCAUCAUCAUCCCACGUCCGCGCUACCCGUCGGUAUGGGGAACGCGGGUGACGGCGACGCGAAGACCAGGAUGCAGAUUCCACGUAUCUACAUCAGCAAGGCGUUUCUCGACGUAAUGUGGCGUGAACUUCUCCAGAUCCAAAUUUGUCAACCGGCUAUCCUUGAGGACCGCCAAGACCGUAAGAACUUCCGCACCUACCCUCUUCGUCAGGAGCUCGACGCCUUCGUCUUCGACCGCGUCAAAUAUGAAAACGCAGGGUCCAACAGCUCCGGUUCGUAUUCGCAACAGCACAUCGAGGUCUGA